AUGCAACUCCAAUUGCAUUCGGAUCUUCAGUCACGCCAAUCGACGCCCGCCGAGCCGGCGGCCCCAACCAUACCCGCCAGCGAAGGCCAGCCGGCUAUCGCCUGCGAGAAUAACGCGGACUUCAUGAACCGGCUCGAAACCGCAGGGCUUCAAAUGAAGCUGAUCGUGACCUCGCCUCCCUACAACCUGGGCAAAGAUUACGAAACCAGGACCACCCUGGACAGCUACUUGGAAACGCAACGCAGCGUGAUCGAGCAGUGUGUCCGUCUGCUGCACCCACAAGGAUCACUGUGUUGGCAAGUCGGAAACUACAUUGACGACGGUGAGGUGGUACCGCUGGAUAGCGUUUUGUAUCCGAUAUUCAGAGAUCAAGGGCUGAAGCUCAGAAAUCGCAUAGUGUGGCACUUCGGUCAUGGAUUGCACGCGUCCAAACGAUUGUCCGGUCGUUACGAAACAAUAAACUGGUGGACGAAAGGCGACGAUUAUACUUGGGACCUCGACCCGAUCCGGGUCCCUUCCAAAUACCCCGGCAAGCGCCACUACAAAGGCCCAAACGUUGGACAACUCUCCGGGAAUGCCAACGGGAAAAAUCCCAGUGACGUCUGGGAAUUUCCAAACGUGAAAAGCAACCAUCCCGAAAAAACCGUACACCCCUGCCAGUUUCCGGUCGAAUUGGUUGAGCGCUUGGUCUUGUCAAUGACCGACGAAGGCGACGCGGUAUUCGAUCCCUACAUGGGGGUCGGGUCUGCCGUUAUUGCCGCUCUGAUGCAUCGACGCAUCGCAUACGGGUGUGACAUCGUGCCGGAAUAUGUAGAGAUAGCAGAACAGCGCAUCCAGACAUGGCGCGACGGCACCUUGCGCACACGACCGAUGGGAAAGCCAAUUUACGACCCGUCAUUGCCCCGCGGCGGCCACUGA